UAAACACAAGUUGGGUUGCAGACAGUGAGAGGAAGAUUUGAUUUGAAAUUUAAUUUUAUGAGCAAAGCCAUGUGCAAGCAUAAAUUUGCAUGUAGGUCCAAAACCUUACCAGAUUAUGGCUCUUCUAAACCUCAAAGUCGACAAUCCAACGAAUUUCUAUAAAUACCCACAAACUCCAAGCAAUCAUAUCCAUCUUCAAAUUCUUCAAUUACAUCUUUCAGCACUCAUCACAAGCAAAACUUUCGUUGUUGAUCAUUAAUCUCUUUGCCAAAAUGGGUCUUAUGCGAUCAAUGGUUUCACAGUCAAAGCAAAUUCUCAAACUACACUCUCUCAAAAACCAAUCAUCAUCAGUAGUUCCUAAAGGACACUGUGCUGUUUACGUUGGAGAAACCGAGAAGAAGAGGUUUAUUGUUCCUCUAUCUUACUUGAACCAUCCUUCGUUCCAAAACUUGCUAAGUUGUGCAGAAGAAGAGUUUGGGUUCGAUCAUCCAAUGGGAGGACUUACAAUUCCUUGCAAUGAAGACGCUUUCAUUGAUCUGACUUCUGAAUUGAAUUCUUGUUGAGAAUUUAGAUAACCAGAUAGCAGUAGCUUAAUUGUAGACAAUUUUUUAGCAAAGGGUUGUAUUCCGAUCCAUGUAACAUAUACUUUUUUUCUUGGGAAGAGUAUAAUUGAAAUACUCUCCCAUUGAAAGUACCGAUUAAUACAAAAUUCUCUCAUUUCGAUAA